GGAGGUAAAUUUAAAUAUUUAAUGUAUUUUUAAAAAAUAUCUAGCUAUAUUUGUUUUGACUGCUAUUUUUUUUUUAAUCAUUCUCUGAAAAUGGCGAAAAAGAAUUUGGAAACAGAUGGAGCCAUGAUGGAGAAUACGUUUCCAAUAUACAAGGUGGACGCUAUCGUGCAGUUCUUUCGGACUGAAGUCCUGACCGGACAAGAGGCGAAACAUUUUGCGAAAGGUGAUAUCACUCCAAAUCCAAAGAUGGAUGUCCUCCAGAGACUCUACAUGAGAAUACUGGAGCUUGUUUAUCGCUUCAGGCCUGAUUGCCAUUACCUGGUACCUCUCUCAGAAAAUCUCCAGCACCCAAUGUUACACGAGUGGUCCACACCAAUCUUGAAUCUCUAUGCAUGCAUGUGUCAGUUUUUACCAGUGUGCCAUGUGUAUGACUUUUCACUGAAUGACCUGCUGAAUCCCAAGCCCAAAAGAACGAUCACUAUUUUGAGUGGCAUCCAAAAUUUCCUGCACUUUAGGAAACAUAGGCUGGAAAUUAUGGCAGGCCAUCAGCAAGCUUUUCGGGCAGAUAUGGAUAAACUUCAGUCGUUCACAAAAGGCAUUAAGGAAGCCGAAAAGAAGAUCGAGAAACUGAUGACGAUCCCACCAGAGCAGCAAGCAGAGGCUAAAGAACUGGCCGCAGCCCUCACAGAACUGAAAAACGCUACCGUGCAAGAAACCCAAGCAGUGAAUGCCCUUAAUGAACAGGUCACAGAGUGCAAAAGGGAAAUCGCAGAACAGUCACAGAAACUGAAACAGAAGAAGCUAGAAGUAGCCACUCACAAAGACGAAAUAGCCAAACUUAAGUCUCAGAUUGUCGAGUCUCCUGAGGAGCUCAAGAAUGAGAUGGAGAAGAUGAAGGAGAGCAUAAAGAACAUCAAGAUCUCAAAAGAGCUGGCAGAUGAGAGGCUGGUGGGGCUGCAGAUUGAAGUGCAGUGCACUAGCCAAGGUGAAGCAGAGAUUCAAGUUAUACUGAAACAGCUACAUGACCUGCAGGCCAGCAUGUGCAAGACUAACCAACAGAAGGAAGAGGUCCAGAAUCUGGUAGCUCUCUACGAGUCCCUGCAGAAGGAACUAAAGGGCUUGAGCAAUGAAGAGGGCCAGCUAAAGAGAGCUCUGGCCAUGAAAUAUGACAAACAGUCCAAGCAGCAGAUUCGCCAUCAGAAGAAGAAGGAGCUCAAAGAGCAUCGCGUCCAGAAUAUACUCGGGCAAUAUGACAAAGUUCAUGAGAAACGUGAGGAAAUCGUGGAUCAGAUAAAAAACAUCAACCGAGAGACCACGCAGUUGAAGGCAAAAAUGCAGAAGCUUCGAGAUACCUGCAACCAAAACACUGAAAAAGCUCAGGCCAUUUAUGACCGGCUGCUCACCACACUGGAGCAGUACCACAAACGUCUUGAAAAUCUCGUGAUGGAGGGGAGUGCUGAUAUCAUGAAGAUGAAAUCCAAUUUCUAAACUUUUUGUCCCUUUACAUUAUUUGCUCCAUUGUAGUCAUUUUCUCCUCUGUAGCUUUCGCAUAUAUGUUUGUCGUGAAAAAUUUCCUCUUUUAAAAUUAAAUAAAAUGUUACUUUUUGGUACACAA